GGGGGGAUUUUCACUGUGGUGGGCUUGGCUUUCACAACUUUCACUGCGUGCGGAGGUCUGAGGAGGAGUAGGGGUAACUGGUUAGUCUGCUGCCUGCAUGCGCGAGCUCGGCGAAGCAGCCGAGGAGCAGGGGCCAUCGCCAUGGUCAGGAGCCUUGAGCAGCCAUAUCUACCCCCUGGGGCUUUCCUUCCUCCCUCCAUCACCGAACGCUAAGCGCUCAGGUUGAUCAUGUCGACACAGGCGUCCUCAAAUUUCAAAAGUGACAGGGGAGAAAAGGAGAGGUGGGUACGACCUUGUGCAAUUUGGAGCGAGAUCUGGCGCCUUCGCUCCGUACUGUCAGAAUGACUCUGUAGCUGUUGAAUGUGCUUGCACGCCGGAUCAGUAGCCGCCGCAGCUACCGCCUUUGCAUUUUGUGCCCUGGUGCCCUCGCCACUGUGGAUUACCAAGAUCGGCAAACGGAGUGGCCAAUCGGGGUAAGUAAGUGUGACCUGGUCAUUGCCACGGCAGCCCGAUGGAUGGCCAGCUUAUUGGAUUGCAUCUUUGUCAGAUGCUAUGGGUGCUGGGUCUAGGGCUUUCAGUGGUCUGGCCUGUCCAUCCCGCAUGCAGCAAUGUCGCAUACACGCUCGGAGUGGCGAUACCAGUGGAUGAUACCUCUGAGUUGAUAGCAUCUUCUGGUGGUAGUUCAGAUCAAUCGUCAUCCUUAUCGUCGUCGUCCACGUCCUCAUCUGAUCAAUCGUCCUCAUCAUCCUUGUUGUUGUCGUCCUCCUCCUCGUCAUCUGUGCCUGUAGGAGCUGGGCUGGCAUCCAUAGCCAGAUCGCAUGCUACACCUACAGUACCUGGCCUUGACGACCAUGGCGUGAGUCCAGAACCACCAAUGCCCGUUUUGCCGCCUAUUUGGCCCCCAAAGUUUGUGAUAGAGUUCAACGAGACAGAGUACUUGGGUAUAUUCUCCUUGCACACAGGAGGGAAGAUAUACUAUGAUUCUACCAAUCAACGGUCUCGAAUUGAUCGAGACGUGGGAAGGGGUGACCGCUUUUGUGGCACCGUCUGGCCGAUUCGACGAACUCCGUGCUCACACGUUGUCGUUGGGGGCGUUAGGUAUCUUGUUUUCCCAGAGCAUAGGUAUUGCUGCCAAUGCUGUAGAGCUUCUGAUGGAUGCGGAAUUAGACCGCGCACGUGGUUGGCAAAUGCGACCUACAUUGGUCGCGAGAACGUCGAAGGGUAUGACUGCAACAAAUGGAAACAAACCCACAAGGACACCACCAACUACUGGCAAGUGAUUGCAGACUCUACGCCGAUGAGAAUUUACGUGGAACCACGGACGCAGCUGACCUUCCGUCAUGACACGUUCAAGUUGAUGAACAGCAUUGAUUCUGAUAUAUUUUCGCUUCCACAUGGCUACGGGUGCGAGCAACGGUGCCCAGGUCUGUGUUAUAUUACUUCUUCAGAAGGCGUAGAUAGAGUGCUUCGCCGCUACGGACGAAAGGUGCUCUCAUAUUUGCAUCCCUUUCUUUUUCCUUUCUGAUUUGUCUUCUGAUGUGGUUCUCGUUCUGAUAUAUUAUUUCAGGGCAAGCAUCUCUUUCUUGCCAAUGAGGUGUUGCUGCGCGCAUGACUAGUGAAAAAGAAGCAGACUCACAGCAGCACAGUGCAGUCUGAGUAUCUUGUCAUUGGCAAUUCUCUCUGUCGAUUCGUUGACAUAGCAGCCUUUGGCAGUAGCACAGCAGACGUUCUGACGAUGCACAUAUCUGCAAAGGAAAAGGAAUGAAUGGUCUUUCAUUGUCGGAGUUGCCAGCAUAAGCAACAGAAAGCAAAUGGCUAAGCUAGUCAUGUGCAACCUCCUUUGCUUGGACCAGAAGGUUUUCCCCUUCCUACCCCCCCCCUUCUGGCAUGAGAUAGAUUAAUAUCAAUAUCUUAGCAAGGUGGGCAUCUUGGAUAUGAGGAAGUUGGCACACGUACACACACACACACACACACACACACACACACACACACACACACACACAUGCACACACAUGUACUUGAUGUUGCUUGCUAUUGAGGUGAAACUGUUUCAUUGUUGGGUUGUCUGAACUCAAGAGCCUUUGUUGUCUGUAAUAGGAUUAAAUAUGAUUUGAUUUUGGAUCUGCUCAUCUGGGUGGAAUAGGGGCUGUUGUGGUGAAUAUUCAAAACACGCA